GUCCGCGAGCCCUGUGCGGGAGGGGCGGAGUGCAGUGCGGGAAGGCGGAGUCCGCAGGGGAAACGAAACACAACCGGCCUGGCCUGGACUUGUACCGACAGUAGCGGCGACAGUGAUCGGAGGGCGACAAGAUUUCAGAGCCAGGACCUGAAAUUCGAAGCACAAUUCGAAUCCUGCGCCAGGGCGCGGGCCACUGUCCGGAUCCAGAACUCGGUCACUAGGAGCAAAAAUGGCCAGUGAUACACCAGGUUUCUACAUGGACAAACUUAAUAAAUACCGCCAGAAGAACGGAGUAACCAUUACGUAUGAAGAACUUAGUACUACAGGACCUCCACACGACAGAAGGUUUACAUUUCAAGUUAUAAUAGACGAGAAGAAAUUUCCAGAAGCUGAAGGUAAAUCAAAGCAGGAAGCAAAAAAUGCAGCUGCCAAAUUAGCUGUCGAUAUACUUACUAACGAAAACAAGGUAAACAGUCACGCGGACGCCUCUGAGCAAGCCUCGUUCGUUGGGAACUACAUCGGCCUUGUUAACAGUUUUGCCCAGAAGGAAAAGCUGCCUGUAAAUUACGAACAGUGUGACUCCAGCUCUCAAAGAUUUUUUUAUAAAUGCAAAAUUGGGCAGACUGUGUAUGGCACUGGGUCAGGCACCACCAAACAGGAGGCUAAGCAGUUGGCUGCCAAAGAAGCCUAUCAGAAGCUGUCAGAGAAAAGCUCAAUGAAAUUUGUCAGAGCAUCCUCUAGCGCUGCCCUGUCGUCAUCCAGUGAUGCUUCCAGCUGCUGGUCUAUAAGUAACUGUGCUUCUCAGUCUGCACCUGGAUGUGUUUUAUCAGGGAACACAUCUAUGAAUGGUCUCAGUGAAAAUAAAAGGGAUUCAGGAAUAAAAGUGUCAACUAAUGAUGUGCUAAGAAAUAAAUAUACCUUGGAUGCCAGGUUGAACAGUGAUUUUGAAGACAUAGAGGAAAUUGGCUCAGGUGGAUUUGGCCAAGUGUUCAAAGCAAAACACAGAAUCGAUGGAAAGAUGUACGCUAUUAAGCGUGUUAAAUAUAACUCCAAGAAGGUGGAACGCGAAGUAAAAGCAUUGGCAGAACUCAAUCACGUCAACAUUGUUCAAUACCGUAUUUGUUGGGAGGGAGAGGACUAUGACCCCGAGCAGAGCAUGAGUGAUUCAAGUCGAUACAAGACCCGGUGCCUCUUUAUUCAAAUGGAGUUCUGUGAGAAAGGAACUCUGGAGCGAUGGAUGGAAACCAGAAAUCGGAGUGAAGUGGACAAGGCUUUGUAUUUGGAGUUAUUUGAACAAAUAGUGACAGGAGUGGAUUAUAUACAUUCGAAAGGUUUAAUUCAUAGAGAUCUUAAGCCAGGUAAUAUAUUUUUAGUAGACGACGAAAAACACAUUAAGAUCGGAGACUUUGGCCUUGCAACAGCCCUGGAAAAUGAUGGAAAACCCAGAACAAAGCACACAGGAACUCUUCUAUACAUGAGUCCAGAACAGUUAUCUUUAUCGCAGUAUGGAAAAGAAGUGGACAUCUUUGCUUUGGGCCUUAUUCUAGCUGAACUUCUUCACAUAUUCGGCACUUAUCUUGAGAAAACAAAGGUUUUUGAAAGUCUAAGAAAUGGCGACUUCUCUGAUGAAAUAUUCGACAACAAAGAAAAAAGCCUUCUACAGAAAUUACUCUCAAAGGAACCCAUGGACCGACCUAAGACAUCUGAAAUCCUGAAGACCUUGGCUGAAUGGAAGAAUAUCUCAGAGAAAAAGAAAAGAAACACAUGUUAGGGCCUUUCUGAAAAAAACAGUUCUUCUGAUGUGUGGUUUUCCUUUAAAUGUCUGCAGUCUGAGGUGGAAUGUCAGUGAAUAUUGUAUGUCUUUCCUUCGGCUAACACUCUCCCAGACAGGUUUUGGUUAGGGUGACCCACAGACAUUGUAUUUAUUGGCUGUGAAAAAGUAUGCCUGUUUCCUCAAUUGUUAAUUGCUGGGCCUGUGGCUGACUAGCCAAAUACGUAAAUGUUUGUUUCUCAAUGUUUGUUGCCCAAAGAGAAAGGCAAGCUCCUGUGAGGAAGGUCACGUAGUCCCCAAUGCUAACUGGGUGAGUAAGGACUCUGGCUUUUUGCAUAAUGAAGAGCUGGUAGCCAGAGCUGGGGCAGAAGGACCUGCAGACCAACAGACAGACAGAGACACAAAAACAUGGACUAGAAUGGAGCAGAUAGAUAGAUAGAUAGAUAGAUAGAUAGAGCCAGCCACAUGGAGAGACAAAAUGGUAGAAUAGUAGAUGGGCUAGCUGAGAGACUGCCCCAGAAAACAGACCUUAUACUAUACAGAUGUCUCAGUGUCUUUAUCAUUAAACACCAAGCAGGACCACUGAAAAUCCUGCAAUAGGGUUUUUUUUUUUUUUCCAGUUACUCCAAAAACAGUCUUACAAAGUUAUUUUUGACAAGUCCAUACAUAUAUUGAGUUCUGAUCACACUACAAACCCUCUGCUGUUCGUGCCUUGUGUGUCAUGUGAACUGUGACCUCUGAAUGAGGGAAUCCAAAUUAAUCCAUCUGUCCUUAAGUUGCUUCUCUCCGGUAGUCAGUUUGUGAUGAGAAAAGUAAUGAAAUGGUACCAGAAGUGGGGUUGUGUUGCAGUAAACCUACUGUUGGGCUAUCCAAACUGGCUUGUGGGAGGAAUGUGGAAAAGUUUGAAGCAGCAGGCUAGAGAAGUCCUCAAAAUGGUGUACAUCAAACUUAAUGUGGUAGCUCAGAAGUCUCUGAGAAAAAGGAACCCAUAGGGAAUUGGACUAGACACAGGACAUUCAAAUUCAAAAGACUGUUUGGUGGGGGGAAUUUCAAGACAUUCAGGCUCAUUCAGCUGUACAGGAGCUUACAGAAUGCUAUAGCCUGAAGUUUCCAUUUCAAGAUGGCGGCAGGACUUGGCAUCAUCUGUAUAAUGCUGGUUUUGCAGGAAAGCACAACGUAAGGGUCAUGGGGCAGAGACAUUUGUCCCAUAGUCCCAUAACAAGCCUGUGAGGACAAUGUAUAACAGGUGCUCAGAUUCCUUGAAGAAAGGCUCUGAAAGGUUGUAUGAAGUUAUAAAGGUGAAACCUAAGUGUUAACUGAGACCCCAGGAUGUGGGAGAUGACAAGAACACAGAGCAUCUGUUGAAGAAGCAGUGGGUACUGGUUGGAGCCAGCCCAAGAGAAAACCCAUGCAUGCUUUAGGCAGCCUGGCUGUAAGAAGCCUAUUGGAGUGUGGGGCAGUGGACUGUGCCAAGAAACUUGGUAAGGUUGAGCGGAUUGGAAGCACUGGAACCCAGAGAAGAUGGUGGGACCUUUACUUGCCUCCAACCAGGCCCUUGUCACAUGACCACACUCCCUACAUAGGAACUCAUAUAGAUCAGAACACACUUCUCCAUGCUAAUGAGGUAUCUUAGAGGCCCUGAGAGUUAGCUAAUAAGCUUCCCUUCCUGGACAUUCCUUCCUGCCAAAGGUAUUUAAUCUCUGGUCCACCAUGUAUCCAUUUUCCAUUAUGAACAAUCAAUAAAGUUUGGAACCAA